CUUUGUGCAUAGCCUUCUCGUCAUUACAACUUCCAAUCACUCACAGUCAUGUCAAUGAAAGCCAUUCAAGUCAAGUCUCCCGGUGCUGCAACCGAUUUAUAUAUUGGAGACUAUCCUAAGCCCUCAGCUGGAGAUAGUCAGAUCCUUGUCAAGGUCAAGGCGUUUGCCCUCAAUCGAAUGGAUCUUCUCCAACGAAAAGGACUGUAUCCUCCUCCCAAGGGCGCCAGCAACAUUAUGGGUGUUGAGGUCUCUGGAAUCGUAGAAGAAGUUGGGCAAAACGUCAAAGGAUUCAAAGUAGGCGACGCCGUCUUCGGACUCCUUAGUGGUGGAGGUUAUGCAGAGUACGCGACCAUUGAGCAAGAACUUGCCAUGCAUAAGCCUGACAACUUGUCUUUUGAGGAAGCUGCUGCUAUUCCCGAGACUUGGUUCACUGCCUACCAAGGAUUGUUUUUUGUGGCCGGUUUCAAGAAAGGUGAUGAUGUUUUGAUUCAUGCUGGUGCCUCUGGCGUUGGUAUCGCAGCCAUUCAGAUCGCAAAGCUAUUUGGAGCAAACAAGAUCUUCGUUACUGUUGGUUCAGAUGAUAAGGUCAGCUUCUGCGAAAAAGUGGGAGCCACCAAGGGUUUUAACUACAAGACGGGCGACUGGGCCAAACAGCUCUCAGAAGCCACUAAUGGUCAAGGCGUCAACGUUAUCAUUGACCCCAUUGGUAAAAACUACUUUGCUCAAAAUUUAGACAGCCUGGCUGUCGAUGGCCACAUGGUCAUCAUAGCUUUCAUGAGUGGCAACAUUGUCGACAAGGUGGAUCUCGGUCCAAUGCUGAGAAAGAGACUCAGAAUUGAAGGAUCAGCCCUUCGUAGUCGAUCGCUAGAAUACCAAGCCCGUCUACGUGAUGAAAUUGAGCAGCAUUUGGUGCGAGAACAUUUCGCUAAGCCUGAUCAUGAUCAUCUACGCAUCUUUAUCGACAAGGUGUAUAACUGGAACGAUGUCAUCGAAAGUCACAAAUAUCUCGAAAGCGAUCAAUCCAUGGGCAAGAUCGUACUCAAAAUCGAAUAAGCAUAGGUGAUGUUGUGUGCAAUAAACAGUGUUAUUGAAAAUUUUCUUUUUAUUGUUCGUGC